CAUUUAUUAGUGGUCGAGGAGACGGUGUCAUGGUGUUCUAUCAAAGGCCUCGGUAUAUAUCUUAUUACUAGCACAUCAGGUCUCAGUUGGAUAGCGAUAUUCCUCUGGUACGAGUAUUCUAAUUCUCAAAUUUCGACAUCGAUCAGGGUCCGAUCUAGUCAGGGCCCUGCUAACAUAACACAAAAUGGAGCGUCUAACAGAGUUACAGAUUGCAGAGUUAAAGGAUACGUUCAUGUUGUUUAACAAGGACGGCGAUGGUCACAUCACACCCGAGGAGCUACAGGAGUCCUUCAAAGAGAUGGGACUUGAAUUCACCCAAACCGAGCUACAGGAGAUGAUCAAGGAAAUCGAUGACGAUGAUAACGGGCUGAUCGACUUUCCCGAGUUCUUGCACUUCAUGGCUCAGAAAAUGAAAGAGGCCCAGCAGACGGAUGAGAUCAUGCAAGAGGCGUUUAAGAUGUUUGACAGCGGUACCAAGGGCUACAUUGGCGCCGAAGACGUCAAACAGAUGUUGGGUAUCUGGGGAGAGGAGAUCUCCAUGCAGGAUGUGAGGGCCUUGAUGAAGGAGGCGGACAAUGAUGGUGAUGGGAAGAUUGACUUUGAAGGCCGGCACAGCCAUCAGGGUGUUACUGCUGUCACCGAGUGGUUCCUGACAAGAAUCACCAACGUAUUGAGUAAAACCUUUUGCUCCUGGAGAGCUCGGCAUAGAAUGGUCUUCAGCCGCAAGGCUGAACACCUCACAGAAGAUCAAAUUGCUGAGUUAAAGGAAGCGUUCAAUCUGUUCAACAAGAAUGGCGAUGGUCACAUCUGCGAGACGGAGUUGGUCCUCUCCGCCAGCCAGAUGGGUCUCAAGAUCCCCGACUACGAGGCCCGCCUCAUGAUCAACGAAAUCGACGAAGAUGAUGUUAAAACUAAAGAAAAAGCUAACGAUAACGCGAAAGUCGACGAUGACGGUGAUCACGUGGUCGACUUCCCGGAGUUCCUCAACUUCAUGGCGAUCCAGAUGAAGGAAGCCCGCCAGAAAGAUGACGUGAUGCAGCACGCGUAUAAGCUGUUUGACCGUGGUAACAAGGGCUACAUAAGUCCCGAGGACGUCAGGACAAUGAUGGGCAUCUUGGAGGAGGAUAUCACGGCAGAGGAGGUGAAUCAGAUUAUCAGGGAGGUGGACCCGACUGGCAGUGGCAGGAUCAACUUUGAAGAUUUCCAUGGCAUGAUCAUGUCGAGGUAGGGCGGAUCAAAAGAUGGAUCCCAGUCACCCGAGCUUCUGACAAGUACGCCUCGUGGACGUCUGUGGAGACGAAAUGCUUGCUAUGCCCUAGUCAGACUUUACAGGCAGAUGCUUGUGAAUUUGUUUUAAGUUCUGCUGUGUUUUUAGUGAUACGAACGCAGUUUCUGGGUUAGAAUAUCGAUAGGUAAAUCUUAUUGACUGUCUUAUCCGCAAGACCAACCACAUCGCUCUUGAGAGGAGCAGCAUGACAGUUGUUAUUAGGAAUGAGGACCACUUCCCGUGAGAGUAUAGACAGAUCACUUCGUUAUGCCCACGACAUGCUAUGAUUCAUUGGCAUUGGUGCUGAAGUACGUGUCUACUUUUGUUACAGACGUAUUGAGCACAUCCUACUUCGUUCACUCUCGAACUUUGUGAACAUUAUAAACUAGUCUUUGGUAGCGACAAUGUGAGAGCUUUAAUUUGUUAGAAUAAAGAUCCCAUAGAAUGCAACUGGACGGAUUUUCUCAGCUUUUUUCUGCUACAUGUAGACCAGGAAACAAAAAGUCCACUGCAGAAGUGCAAGGUAUUGACACAAGCAUACAAUGACAGAAACCUAAGGGGACAGUUAUUUCCGUUACACCGGAUAAUCAACAACGGAAAAAGUGAGCUGUGCAAUAAUAAGAUUUAUUUGAAAUAGUUUAGGAUAUCACGGAAUACCCAGUGAAUGGUGAUAUCACGGAAUACCCAGUGAAUGGUGUAGACAUAACAUAAUACAAUAAUAAAACAUCAUAAAUAGCAAAACAUCAGAACAUGGACUAUCACAAUAGAAGCUUGAAUCGUUAAAACAAAGCUAAGUUUGUUUGCUUCCCGCUUAGCUGAAAUUUGUUACAUUAUCUAUUUGUUGAAUCUAUCUGGCAAAUUGGCCAAUUUUACAACCUAAUUUCAGAUGCUUUUUCUUUUUGAGACUACAGUGCUGUUUUGAAGUGCUCAAUUAGGUCAACAUCUAGACUUCAGCUAUCACUAAAUCUGGGUGAAGUUUGUGUCAA